AUGGAUCGCGGGCAAAUACUUUUACCGAUCAUUCAAAAUGGCCGAGCACGCCCUAUCUUUAUCUUUUCCAAUCUCUACCCUCUUAUCCUCUUCUCUAUUUUCCUGCGACCAUCAAAAAACCUCCGACCAUUUCUCCCCUGCAUCUCGUCGGACCUCACAGAGGACCACCGUCGUCGUCCCACGCAACGUCGCACACACCAUUGUCGUAGCAGGACAUCGUCGCACGCACCGUUAACACCACCGAUCCCUUCUCCUCCCCCACGCCUUGAUCUGCCUCCCUCUGCCAGUGACGACGUCGUCACCAGCUUGCCGGUCACUGUCCUAGUUAGCCUCGUCAAACUUGUCGACAACAACAUCGGGUGAAGCAUUGUGAUUUUUAUCGAAUGUCAAACUCAUGAACUGGAUGCUGAGAAGCUGGAAGAUAGAGAGUCGAAUGGAAAAAUGUAUGUAUUUCUAUUGAUUUGCACUCAGGUGAAAUAAGAGCUAUUGUGUAAACAUCGAUGGUCUAAUUUUGAGCCUUUUUUCCUUUGAUGUAAUAUAUAUAUAUUGAACUUUUGAUGUUGUUUGGAUCGAAAUAGUCUACUUUUGAG